CCGUCGUCAUUCAUCAUUAGAUAUUAUGGCAAGUCAUCAUUAUGAAUGGUCACAAACCAUUCAUACUAUCACUAUUAUGGUCCAAGUUCCGUAUACUACUUCAACUCGCGAUAUUUCUGUAUUCAUAGACAAGUCACAAGUUGAAAUAAGUGUUGGUGGAAAAGUUGUAUUUGGUCAACACUUGUUAGAUAGUGUGACCAGUCAAGAAGAUUGGAUUCCUUGGCAACUGGAAGAAACAGCAAAAGGAAAGUUUCUCAUAGUCGAAUUGGAAAAAUUGAAAGACUACUGGUGGAACCAAUUAGAGUAUUCAAGUGAUAUUGUUGAUAUGUCUUUGCAAGAGACUAUCACAAACACUCCAGUAAAGCAACAAGAAACAGUCGUUGAAGAUGUGACUGAUGAAGAGAAGAUGGAAAUAUUUUUACAAAACAUUCAAUCCAGAAAGGAGAAUAAAGUGGAUAUAGGGGGACAAGAGGAGGAUGUGUUGGGCAUACCCGUAACUCCUGAGAAUGUACAACAAGUAGUGGAAACUUAUCGUCGUGGAGUUGAAGAAAAGGAAAGUGGAAUAGCAGCCUUUCAUUUGGGACGAUUGUAUCAUUUUGGUAUUUGUUUGGAUACGAAUUAUCGAGAAGCUUUGCAAUGUGAAGGAGGUUAUGGAAUUGAACAGAAUUGGGAACAAGCUAUACAACUUUGGCAAAUGGGAGCAGAUAAUGGAAACCCUUAUGCCAUGUACAACUUGGGAGUUUUAUAUCUUCAUGGAAAUGGUUGUCAACAGGAUGUGACUAGAGCAUUGUUAUUGUUGAAAGCAGCCAAUAGUUUAGAUCCUUCUCUUGUCAUACCUGAUAUUCCUGUGUUUCAACAAUCAACUCCUUUGAACAAGACGACUAGAAAGAAGAAGAAGAAUAAGAAGCUAAGUGAAGAAGAGAGACAACGAGUUUAUGAAGAAUUCCGUACAUUGGCAAAGUAUUGUGCUUGGACAGGAGUGGGAUUGUGUGCCAUUGGCAUUACUUGGAAACUCAUUCGUCAUUAUUUAGAUAAUCGUUUAUAAGCUAUUGUCAAUCAAUCAUGUGU